CAGCGAGGCGAGCGGCCGGGCUGCGCAGCGGGGCCCGCGGCGGUCAUGGCCCGGCAGUAGGCAGGGAGCGCCCCGCCGCCCGCCGCUCCCGGCAGCAGCCCCGCCGCGCCCCGAGCGUCCUAUGCGAGCCGCCCCGGCGCCAAGAUGAAAGACGACUUCGCGGAGGAGGAGGAGGUGCAGUCCUUCGGCUACAAGAGGUUUGGUAUUCAGGAGGGGAGCCAAUGUACCAAGUGUAAAAAUAACUGGGCACUGAAGUUCUCCAUCAUCUUAUUAUACAUUUUAUGUGCCCUGUUAACAAUCACUGUAGCCAUUCUGGGAUAUAAAGUUGUAGAAAAAAUGGACAAUGUGACAGGUGGCCUGGAAACAUCCCACAGAAGAUACACAGAAAAGCUCACAGAAGUGGAGAGUGAUCUGAAGAAAUUAGAUGACCAAACUGGACAAAAAGCCUUGAAUACUAACACUGAACUGUCCAGCUUCAGAUCUGACAUUCUGGCUCUUCGUCAGCAGCUUCAUGACAUUGCAGAGAAAACUAGCAGAAACAAAGACACACUGGAGAAGCUGCAAGAGUCUGGAAAUUUAUUAGAUGAUAGGCAGAACCAAAUGAAAAGUGCCUUAGAUAGUAACACUUUCACAAUCAUCAGUGUCAAUAAGACUCUUCAGGCAUAUACUGGCUAUAUCAACGAUCUACAACAAGACACAAGUAAUAUACAAGCAAACCUGCAAAACCAAGAGCAUUCUCAUAAUGUGGUCAUCAUGAGCCUUAACAACUUAAACCUGACUCAAAUACAGCAAAGAAAUCUUAUCAGUGUCUUACAGAAGUCAAUGGAAGAUACAAGCUCGGCUAUUCUAAGAAUCAAGAAUGACUUUCAAAAUCUGCAGCAGGUUGUCCUUCAGGCCCGGAAGGACACUGACUGGCUUAAGGAGAAAGUGCACAAUUUACAGGCCUUGGCUGCCAACAAUUCAGCAAUGGCAAAAGCCAACAAUGAUACACUUGAAGACAUGAACAGUCAGCUCAGCUCCUUCAGUGGGCAGAUGGAGAACAUCACCACAAUUGCCCAAGCCAAUGAACAAAGUCUAAAGGAUCUCCAGGAACAGCAUAAAGGAGAUGAAAACAGAACUGCUGCCAAAUUCACCAAUCUAGAAGAAAGGUUCCAGGUCUUUGAAACUGAUAUAGUCAAUAUCAUCAGCAACAUCAGCUACACUGCUCAUCAUCUACGGACACUGACGAGUGAUCUCAAUGAGGUCAGGACAACUUGUACGGACACCUUAAGUAAACACUCGGAUGAGCUGAUUUUUAUGAACAGCACACUAGCCAAUAUUCGCAUAGACUCUGCAUCUCUCAAGGUGCAACAGGAUUUGAUGAGGUCAAGGUUAGAUGUUGAAGUUGCCAAUUUGUCAGUAAUCAUGGAAGAAAUGAAGCUGGUGGAUUCCAAACAUGGCCAGCUCAUCAAGAACUUCACUAUCCUACAAGGCCCUCCUGGUCCAAGAGGACCUAAAGGUGACAGAGGCCCUCAAGGUCCUCUUGGCCCCGCUGGCCUAAAAGGACAAAAAGGAGAGAAAGGAGAGCCUGGACCACCAGGACCUGCAGGUGAGAAGGGCCCACCUGGGCCAGCCGGGCCACCAGGAGAAAAAGGAGGGAAAGGUUCAAGAGGAUCACCUGGCUCCAAAGGUCAGAGAGGUUCUCCUGGCAAGACGGGUCUGCCUGGACCAAAUGGAGACCCAGGGCCACCAGGGCCACCAGGCAAGGAUGGUCCACCAGGGCCCCAAGGCCCACCUGGAUUUCAAGGCCUGCAAGGAACGGUGGGAAGCCCAGGGUUACCAGGACCACGAGGAAUAACUGGACUUCCUGGGGUACCUGGGCUGCCUGGUCCCAAGGGCCCACCUGGCCCACCAGGGCCGCCAGGCCCAGGGAUGCCAAUGGCGCUACAGAGCCAGCCUACGCCCGUGCCUGAGGCUAAUGGUUGUUCACCCCGUUGGAAGAACUAUAUGGAAAAGUGCUACUACUUUUCAACUGAAAGAGAAAUUUUUGAAGAUGCAAAGUUAUUCUGUGAAGAGAAAGCAUCGCGCUUGGUUAUCAUCAACGACAAAGAGGAGCAGCAAUGGAUAAAAAGGCAGAUUAUUGGGAAAGGCAGCUUCUGGAUUGGACUAACAGAUACAGAGAAGGAAAAUGAGUGGAGAUGGUUGGAUGGAUCCUUACCAGUUUACACAAACUGGAAACCUGGGCAGCCUGAUAACUGGGAUCACGAUCACGGGCCAGGGGAAGAUUGUGCUGGGUUAAUCUAUGCUGGGCUCUGGAAUGACUUCUACUGUGAAGAUGUUAACAGUUUCAUUUGUGAAAAGGACAUGGACAAAGGGCAAAUUCUUGGAGUGUAAAAGGCUGUAACUUUACAGAUACCUUCGUAUUAAGGAAAUUUAUGUAAAGAAGAAAAUCCUGGGAAAGAGCAACACUGAUUUCCAAAAUUGAAAAAAAAUAUGAAAACAGAAAAAAAACAAGCACUGAAAACUGAUUUAAAAGCAUCAAGGAAUUCAGCAAUAACUCUUCUCCAGCAUCCUGUAAUUAUUUAAGGCCUUUCGACCCUCAGCAUCAGGAAAUACUGUUGAACUAAUUCUGUUUUAGAUUUUCUUCCCAACCAGUAACCACAUCCAUAAGCAGCUUGUGUCUUCUGAAAAAAGACACUCUAUCAAUCUGAGUAAGACUGUUGGUCACUUAUAUCGAAAAACAUAUAAUGCAACUGUGUAAAUAGUUGCUUAAUUUGCUAAAAUCCCAAAUGUAGGAAAAUUAUGCAGAUACACAAAUAUAUAGAUUUUAUAUAAAUAUAUAUAUAUAGUCCAACUCUUAUCAGUAAUAUGGAAUAUACUUUUAAGAGCUUUUAAAACUUUGUAUUUUUGUACAAAAUGUUUGCUUUUUACAAUUGUUCUCUUUUUUACUGACUUUUUUUACAAAUAUAGUGCACAGGGGCCAAAGAAAACAAUAAAGGUACUAAUAAUUCAUUAAGGUUUGCUGUCGGGCCUAGCUCAGCUAUAGAGAAAUAUUUUUCCAGUUAGAAACAUUUUUACUUUCCCAGAUGAUUUGUUCUGGUUAAAUAACUUUUAAAGCAGAUUUUAGAUAGUGUUUUCCUUACUGUAUGCAGUCUAGUCUGCAUGUGUAACAAUUAAGUUGACUAAGGACUAGAUACUCAUUGUAGCUCUGAUCACAGCCAGUGUUUCAUUGGGGUACUAUGGAAAGACCAUUUUAAUAAAAGCCCUUCCUUCCUUCCUUCCUGCCUUCCUGCCUUCCUGCCUUCCUCCCUCUCAGGAGAAAAUUCCAUGGAAGUAAAUCUCCAAUUUUUAAUAAUCAUUUUGAAAUGUUUUCAUUCCUUCUCCCUUCUUGUAAGGGAUUCUACCCCUGUAGUUGCCACACAUACUGCAGGUCAAGCCCAGAUGAGAGACUUUAUGAAAAGAGAAACAAAGAAGCUGGACACACUGAAAUAUGUUUGUUUUUAAGACAGAUUUCAAGAUUUGGUGAGAAAAACAUGCCAUACUCAGAAAAGUCUAAUAAACUUGCACUUCUCCAAAGUGCUUUGUAAAUUAAUCUCUCUGUUUUCUUGGACUGGUACUUCUCUCUCAAACAAAACAGAAAAUAAAAUAUGCUACAAAGCAGAAAGAGAUGAUACCAUUACUCAGCCAGUUUCCUCCACAGUCCCAUGAGCCAUUGUCUAGGCAGCUUAUCAGGAAUUUAAAAAAUUAGCAGGUUAAUUCAUUAGCAGAAACCUUGGAAUUGGUUUCCAGUUUUUAUACCCUUCUCAUGGCCAGAUGCUCUAUGAUGAAGGAAGUUGUUUUGGCUUCUUGGGAAGGAGAGCUGUUUUUCCAUUGCCUCCUGACCUGCCAUUUACCUUGGCCAAAUGCAGAUACGUUUGUUGAAAUACUCCAGCUCUGUUGGAAACAGACAAGAUUCCGUACUUCAGAUUUUCAAAUAUUGCUCCUACGAUCAAUCAGUUAAAGACUGCUGUUUCUCUACAUCUCACACUCUCUCAAGUGUUUUAAAUUUCAAUUAUAAUUUUUUUUCAAAAUACACAAAAUGUUACAUUUGGGAAUCUGUCCUGUGGCUACAAAUUAGGUAUGAGACAGGAACAACAUGAAAAUUGGUUUAUGUAUUACAUAAAAGGGUUUAUGUAUUGCAGCUGCAGAAACCUGUGUCACCAUCGUGGAGGCAGGGCUUGUCUUCACACAGUCUGGAUUUUGUGAGCCUUUUCUUUUUCACAAGGUUUUGAAUACAACUUGAUUCUGCCAUGCACUGUCAUGCUGUACCAAGGAGUUGUGUGUAGACACAUGCUGUAGGGUUUACAUAUAUAUUUACAGAUUGUCUGUGGAGAUAAUGUUAAACUGCUAUUUUUGGAUAAUGAGUUACAAAACCAGUAUUUUGUGUGCCCAGAGAGCCUCACAAACCCUGGUGAGUGGAGCCUUGAAGAGCCACACUGAAGUGGAAAGACUGCUACCUUUGUUUUGAAUGUUGGCUUAUUUGGGUGAAAUAAGCCUGUUUUGAGCAUCUACCACAUUAAAUUCUUUAUGCUUUUUAUUGAUGUCACAGACUUCUGUCACCAAAAGAAGUGAAUGAGAACCUCUGUUUAAGCCCAAGCUGUAUUGCUUCCUUGCCCAGAUUUCAUCCUUCUCUUCCUUCAGCAACAGUACAUAUACAAGAUCAGAUUAUCCAAGAGUUAUCUAGUGUCUCCCAGCCAGAGGAAUGACAAGCUGAGGACACUGAGAAAUGAGACGUGAGUGGGCUCACACCCUCUGUUCGCACACUCAAAUCAAACACUGCAGCUGUCAGACAAAACUGGAUAAAGAGGGAUGCUGCAGUUGCGUGUCUGACGUGGCCAGUCAUCCUUAAAAUAUGGCCUGAGCAGCCAGGCAUGCUCAGACAGACCAUCCUUUUGACCUAGUAUUCCUGCAGGAAGGAAACAGAGGUGUCCAAUGGCAACACAAAUUGAAAUCACUGAGAGGACCAAGAGUGUUAAGACAGCUCAGGAACAUGUCACAGAAAGGACAGAUUGGCAAGGAGUGCAAGCAGGACACCAGAAUGGGCCAAGAAAUUGUCAUGAAAGUCACACCUGCCACUCCUUAAUGGGAAAACAUCCCCAUCAAAUCUUUCUGUAUGGUUUGAGCAAUAAUGUAGGUUUUAUGGAAAUUUUUGAGUGAUAGCAAAUUAUUUUGUCCCAGCUUGAGUUUUGCUUUCCUUCUUAUACAUAAGUAUUGUAACUUGUCAUAUUGAACACACAUUCCCAUCAUCCUUCUUGUUUUACAUAAAAUUAAGUACAAGUUCAUAUACCCUGUCAAGCACUGGGACUGUUGGAAGAAAAAGAGGGAAAGGCAGAGAAGGUACAAAGUCAUUGUGAUUUACAUUAAGUUCUGGAUUUCUUAAUGUCAUUUCUGACUUGUUUCAUUAAUUUAUUUGGAAAUGCCUUCAGCUGAUUAGAGCUUAUAAAUCUCAACUCUCAUUUCCUUUGUUGUCUAUAAUUAAUACUUGCAAAUGUUCCAAUAAAGGAAUCACUAAGUGGAGACACAGAAAUUAA